UGUGUAAAUGUCCGCUACAGAACUCAAGUACGACUAGAGUGUACUGCAUGUAUUUGAGUAAUAAUGAAUGACACAAGCAGUGCCACUCAUGAUGGGCUUCAAAGUCUGCUGACUAGCACAGCCAGUGCUUUCUCCACUCAUGAUGGGCUUCAAAGUCUGCUGACUAGCACAGCCAGUGCUUUCUCCACUCAUGAUGGGCUUCAAAGUCUGCUGAAUAGCACAGCCAGUGCUUUCUCCACUCAUGAUGGGCUUCAAAGUCUGCUGAAUAGCACAGCCAGUGCUUUCUCCACUCAUGAUGGGCUUCAAAGUCUGCUGAAUAGCACAGCCAGUGCUUUCUCCACUCAUGAUGGGCUUCAAAGUCUGCUGAAUAGCACAGCCAGUGCUUUCUCCACUCAUGAUGGGCUUCAAAGUCUGCUGACUAGCACAGCCAGUGCUUUCUCCACUCGCACAUACAGUUCUGCUCAAACAAUCUCAAACACAGACUAUGGAUACGAACUUGAUACGGAAGAAAUGGCCAACAGUGGGGUAUGCAAUUACACCCGUCACUCUGCCAGCUUCCUUCCUGCGCUCUACUCCAUAUACUUUGUGUUGGGGCUGCUGGGAAACGGCCUGGUGGUGUGGGUCAUUAGUAUGGGGGUGCGCCUGCGGAGCAUGACAGACGUGUGCCUCCUCAACCUGGCGCUGGCCGACCUCCUGCUGGUCAGCUCACUGCCCUUCCUGGCGCACCAGGCCCGAGACGAGUGGGUGUUCGGCGAUGCCAUGUGCAAGCUGGUGCUCAGUGUGUAUUACGUGGGCUACUACAGCGGCAUCUACUUCAUCGCCCUCAUGGGUGUGGACCGGUACCUGGCGGUCGUACACGCCAUCUACGCCAUGCGGGUCCGCACGCGCUCUUACGGGAUCCUCGCCAGCAUCGUCGUCUGGAUCACCGCCAUCUUUUCAUCGUUCCCAGAAGUGCUGGCAGUGAAAUUAUCCAAUAGCAACGCGACGGCCAAAAAUGUCUGCGGCCGAGACUACGAGGACAAAGGUGGCCUGCGCGCCGGGGCCAUCUUCAAGAUGAACGUCCUGGGCUUUGUGAUCCCACUGACCAUGCUGAUCUUCUGCUACAGCCGAAUCCUGCUGACGCUCCUGCACAGCCGCUCAGCCAAGCGCCAGGCGGUACGCCUCGUCAUGGUGGUGAUGGUGGCCUUCCUGUUUUGCUGGACGCCCUACAACGUCACAAACUUCUUCUGGGGGCUGCACGUCAUGGGCUACUUUUGCAACUGCGAGUCCAGCAACGCCCUGCUCCUGAGUCUCCAGAUCACCGAGGUGAUGGCCUACACCCACUGCUGCCUGAACCCCUUGCUCUACGUGUUUGUGGGCGAGAAGUUCAGGCGGCACCUGCUCCGACUGCUCAGCAAGAGCCCCUGCCUCAGGUGCAGCUCUCUCAAGGCCUACCUCAGCACGGCCAGUGGCUCCGUCUACUCCGUUACCCGCAACACCAGUGUGGACGAGCGCUCCACUGCAAUAUGACAUGGGCGAGAACACACACACACGGCCCCUUGCCCCCCCACACACACACAGACACACACACAUACACAAACACACAUACACAUAUGCAUGUCCACACACACACACACACACACACACACACACACACACACACACACACACACACACACACACACACACAACACACACACACACUCAAAGUUAGUGCCCAUCGAGAUGCAAAGCAGGAAUUCUUGGCCAAUCAUGAGUCACCAAACUCUAUUCACUUGGUGAAUGAGUUUGGAUUUUUCCAGGUUAUGCGCAUAUUGUACAGACUGCACAUACAUGUGCACACAUUCUUCAGAGGAUACUUGGACUAAGGAGGCAAGGCAUGUUGAGUAAAAUACCCAAAUUAUUGCUCUAAAGUCAUAUACAGUUUUUACGUAUCAAUCCCCAUAUUCCUCUUUCACUGCCAUUGGAAUAGUUAUUUAUAACACUGUGUAAUAAAAGAUUAAUAAAGAAGAUAAAAUAACAUCAAAACUAAAUAGAAAUAUAGUUAACAGAAAUCAUCUGUUAAAGUCUAGAUUUGAAACGAACCAGAGCUCAGCAGCAAAGCAAUGAAAAGCAUGGUAAAGUUCUAAAGCUUCUGACAGUAGGUAUUACCAAAGGACAUUUUCUCUAGUAAUCUGAAAGUGUAGGAGGUGAGAAAUCCUGAAGUAUCUGGUAGUUUGAUCCAAAGAAUGGUUUUGGGCUGGUGUAUCCUGUAGGUGCUGUUUGUGGUUUCCUCAUCAAAUGCUGGUGACUUCAAAAGAAGAGAGAUAUCCUCUGUGUUUUACCACAGAAAUGGAGAAAAAGACGUAGAGAUAUUAGAUUGCACAAUACUGAGGAAGUAACUUCAAGAACCCUUUUAUCCCAGGUCAAUGUGUUCUGUCCUUUCAGUGGUGAGAUGAUAAGUAGAAAUGCAUAUAUCUAUUUUAAUUACAUUUAAAACUACAAAAUGUUACUGGAACUGCAUAAUGAUAUUUAUAUAACACAGGCCAGUGUCAUGGGGAAAACAUUUUAUUAACAAUUGAAUUAUGAAUUCGAUAUAGAUGUUUUGUACAUAUUCACAACAAUGCACACAUUUUAAGUCUGUGUGUAAUGUAAAGCAUUUCAUCUGAGCCUGCUGCAGACAUAGUUUUACAGUUAGUCAUAGUGAGCCCUGCAGUCAGUUCCCCACCCCCAGACCACCCAAUAUUCAUUCUGAAUGUACUCUCUUGCAAAGUCUGCAAAGUCAGGUUCACUUGUCUGUAAUCUUAGUCAUUCUUCGCAUUUAUUAUUUGCCGGUAGCUUGCAGGUAUAUAACAUGUUGUGAGCUCUUGCACAAGGUCAAUUAUGAGUAUUUGCACAUUGAUGAAUGACUGACAAAAGCAUUGUAGAUCAGUGUUAUGAUUCUGUCUAAAAACUAUUACAAGAACAUCCUGCCCUGACUGUGUUUGUCUGUGUGAUCGUGUGACUCUGGUAAUCCACGGUAACAUACACUUUCCCCCUCCUCUCCUGGUGAGGGCAGUUAGCCUUACGUAGCCAUACUCAAUUCUAGUCAGAAUG